ACUUUCUGCUCAACUACAAAGGCUGCCCGUUCCCAUCAAACAAUAUCAGCAUCAGAGACUGAUUCGAAUUCAGAAGCUGGUCAAUGAAUAUCAACAUAAAAUGCAGCUAGUGAAUGCCAAGAAGAUUCCUCGGAUCGAGGACCUCGGCGAGGGUUCAGUACAGCUGGUUGCCACCGAGCCCGAAGACAUGUGGCACGCCAACAACCUGAUCGCUGUCGACGAUGUGGUUCGCGCACACGCUAUACGAAAGGUCGCCAAGGAGUCCGCGACCGGCACAUCCUCUACCGAGCGUAUUCAUACGGACUUGACCAUCACUGUCACCUCAACAUUCUUCGAUCCCUCUGCCUCAGCCCUCCACGUUAGCGGCAAAGUCGUUGCUGCGAACGCCUUUGUCAGCGCCGGCCAGUACCACACCCUCGACCUCGAGCUGAACCGCCCCUUCACCUUGUGGAAGAAGCAUGGUUGGGAUUCGGUCGCAGUCCAAACGCUGCGAGAUGCCUUAAACCAAGACAGGGAUGGGGCUAUUGCUGCAGUCGUUAUGGACGAGCACGUAGCCAACAUCUGCCUGAUCACCGACUUCCAGACCCUCUUGAGACAGAGAGUGAGUGGCUCUGGCAGCGGUAAAGGGAACCCUGGCUCGUCUAGAGAGGACAAGGCCGUCAGGCGAUACUUUGACAAAAUACUUGCAACCUUGCUCCGUGCCAUCGAUUUUUCCCAACCACGCCCACUCCUCCUCGCUAGCCCUGCCUACGUCGCGACCAAUUUCAAGCAAUACAUCUCCGAAGAAGGCGCAAGACUUGUCGACAAGAAAUUGAUGACCCUGGCGAAAAACGUCACAAUCGCCCAAUGCUCCAACGGGUCUGUGCACUCGCUGAACGAGGUGCUGAAGAAGCGCGAGGUCUUGGCCCUCAUGAAGCAGAGAAAAUCCACAUCCGAGACGAAAUACCUGGACGAGUUGGCGGAAAGAAUAAGGAAGGAUGAUGGCCGGGCAUGGUACGGUGUGAAGCCCGUGGCAAAGGCCGUGGCCGAGGGAGCGGUAGGCCGAGGCGGCGGCGUGCUGCUUAUCAACAACGAUUUGUUCAGGAGUCAGGAUAUCGCCACGAGGAAGCAGUACGUAGCUUUGGUUGACAAAGUCAAGGAGGAUGGGGGCGAGGCGAGAGUGCUCAGCAGUGACCACCAGAGCGGGAAGAGGCUAGAGGGGAUGGGAGGUAUCGCUGUGAUAUUGACAUACCCAAUAUUCGACCUGGACGAUACCGACGAUGAGGACGGCGGGGCGAUGGAAGACACAGGAAGCAUGAUCAUAUGA